AUGAUGCAGUUCCCUGCAACAGCAAAGGAGCAAGAUGUCCAUAUAAAUCGUGCACAAGCAGAAGUCGCACAUGCUAAAAUCAAUGAGAAACUCAUCGAUUCUUUCAAAGGAACUCUACAAGAACAAAACGUUCAAGCUAAUUCAACAGAGAUACCGAUCAGUAUUUACACACCUGUCGAUGUCAAUACGUCGAAGAUUGUGAUAUUUUUUCAUGGUGGAGGUUGGACAGUGUGUAAUCGAAAGACACAUCAAACUAUUGUCAAUAUGCUGGCUGAUGCUACGAAAACUGUUUGGAUUUCAGUGGAAUAUCGUCGUGGACCUGAGUAUCAAUUUCCUAUUUGGUGGAAUGAUUCUUAUGAAGUAACUCGUCAUAUUAUAGAAAAUAAACAGUCUUACGGUGUUGACUCAUCGGCUAAAGUAGGCUUGGCAGGUGACAGUGCUGGUGCUGCAUUGAGUGCAACAAUUUCUCGAAUACUAAACAAGAUUGAUUUUCAGAUUCUAGUCUACGGCAUAUAUGAUCUAUUACGAAGAGCACCUUCGUACAAAGAAUUCAUCCAACCUAUGUAUUUCCUCACACCGGAAACAUUAGACUGGUUGACAACAUCAUCAUUUAGUGAUAUGAAAGACUUGACUGAUUCUCGAGCUUCUGCUCUGGCCAGCUCUUCUUUCGAAGGUUUACCACCAUCUUUAUUUAUCGUUGCUGAACUUGAUCCAUUCGAGACGAUAGUUACGAAAGCUCUAGAUCAAGCUGGUGUAAAAACACAACUGGUCUUAAUCAAAGGUGUAGCUCAUGCAUUUUUCUCACUUCCAGGGUUCUUUCCGAAAUCCUGCGGUGAAGUGAACGGUAGUAUAAAAGAAUUUAUGGCUACAUCAUGA